AUGCAUGUCAUGUGACUAUCCAGCUUUUGAGUUUUCGAGCCCGGCCUUGGAUCACCCUGCCCUGCACGAGUCCUGCUGCGUGAGGUCGCCACAGAGAUGGAUAAACAUCUCUUCAAUUUGAAGUUUUCAUCAAAGCAAAUGGCUAGAAAUGCCAAAAGAUGUGAGAAGGAGGAAAAGGCUGAGAAGUUGAAAUUAAAAAAAGCAUUGCAGAAGGGAAAUAUAGAAGGGUCGAGAAUUCAUGCUGAAAAUUCCAUUCGUCAGAAAAAUCAGGUAUAUAUAUAUAAU